AUGAAGAACAAGUAAUCUCAAUAAAGGAAGUUGAUACAAAUUCAGAAUUCAAACAAAAAAGAAAAAGUUAACCUUUGUAAAAAAGACACUUCUCGUAUAGGAAGCGUCAUAAAUAAAACCCAUAAUAAAAAUUAAUAGUUACCUGUUGCCAAACCAAUUACUUAAAUUUAACCGAAACUACCUCUAAUAAUAAAUUAUGAAAAUUCCUCCAAACCUAAAAAUACAAAUAAAUAAAUGUAACAGAAACCAAUAACUGACCUAUAAAAAUAAAAUGAUAAAGUUGAAAAUAAUAAUUACCCUAAUGCAAUUUUAUUAGGUGCUCCAGGAGUUGGAAAAACUUUUAUUAUGCAUAAAUUAUUUCCAAAGGAAAAAAAUAUAAAAGAAUUUAUGUUGUAUAAAUUAUCACUAUUAGAAUACAAUUUUGUUGACACUGUAGGAUUCGAUUUUGAGCGGGAUAUAUAAAUGAGGGAGGCUCAAAUAAAAAUGUUUAAAGAAUUUUUCAUACAAGUUAAUAAUAGAAUUUCUUCAAUAUUUAUUGUGGUGAAUUUUGAAAGGACUGAUUUAAUGAAAAAAAAAUUGAUUUCUGUUUAUAAGUACUUUAGGAAAUUUACAAAUCUAAUAAGUAUAGUUGUGACUGAUUUCCAUUUAAGUGAAAGCAACGAAGAUGAAGAAAAUUUAAUAAAAAGUCUGAAAAUAUUUUAACCUAAUGAUGUAUUGUUUGUAAGGGGGGAUGUAAAACCAGAAGAACUAACAAAUUAAUUAAAAAAAAAAUAAUCAAAAAUAAUUAAGAAAAUAAAUUAGUUUAAUCAAUUAAACUUAAAAGACACAAUCUUUGAGCAAGAUGAUUUGGAAGAGUAGAAUAUACUAAGAACAUAGUUAUUAAAAAAAAUGAUAAAUAAAUGA